CCACCCACUGUGUCUGUUUACAAACUUCAGCUGAUCGGCUAGCCGCGGCAAACAAUCACAUCAUCAGAACGAAAAUUAAUCUUUUUUUAGGGUUUUAAGUGAAUUCACCAAUCACCAAUUACGUUCAGUUGAUGGAAUGAAAAAUUCUGGAUACAUUCUUCGUGCAGAAAGAAAACAAACCUUCAUAGGAGCUUAAAAAUAAUUAUGGGCUCAAAAAGCAAAAAGAGCAAGCGUGAGCGGCGCAGUCCAGACAGAGACGAUGAGCGGCGCCGAGAUCGAGAGAGGAAAGACAGGGAAGAAGCCUCAACCAGCAGGGCAAGAAGGAGACACAGUUCACCACCUGAGGAGCAUUGCAAGCCAGAGAAGCGGCAGUACAAAAUGCCUGAUUCGGACGACGACGAGGAAGAAGACUUUUCUUUCGACAAAUACAAAUACGAGUUGAACAUGAUCUUCUUUCGCGACGGAGAUUUGAUUCGGCAGGGCACCGAAGAAUACAAAGACUUUUGGGGCUUCCUCAGCAAGUACAUAUCGAGCCAGAAGCGGCUGGGAAAGACCUUCCAGCCCCCCAGAAACUCGGAACUGGACGGAAAGCUCGGCAUUCCUCGCGAGUUUGACAAGAGCCACGUCGUCGCCAUCGGAAUGAAAGCAAAGUUGGAGGAGCUGAUGUCGAGGAUGCCGCCCAGGGACAGAAGCAGCGGCCGCUGGCUGUCCAAGAAGAGGAUUGCAGAGUUCAGGGACAUUUUCCUCAUGUACUUGGACUUCAAGCAAAAGGAAAAGUUCAAGAAACUGAAGUCGCUGAGGGGAAAUCAGGCCACCCUGCCUGUUGCCCACUACAAGAAAGAAAUCGUGGAGGCUGUGAGGGAAAAUUCGGUUGUGGUGAUCGCCGGGGACACCGGCUGCGGAAAAUCGACGCAGGUGCCUCAGUACCUGAUCAGGGCUGGCUUCAACAACAUAGCCUGCACCCAGCCGAGGAGAAUCGCGUGCAUUUCCCUCUCCAAGCGAGUUGCCUACGAGACACUGAACCAAUUCGGCACCGAGGUCGGCUACCAGAUCCGCUUUGAAAAGAGCAAAACGCAGCACACAAAAAUUCUGUUCAUCACAGAGGGUCUGCUGCUGAGACAGGUGCAAACCGAUCCGGAAUUGUCUAAUUACGAGGUGAUUGUGCUCGACGAGGUGCACGAAAGGCAUCUGCACGGCGAUUUUCUGCUCGGCAUCCUGAAAUGCCUUCUUUACCAAAGAAAAGAUUUAAAACUAGUCCUGAUGUCUGCCACAAUCAAUAUUCAGCUUUUUGCCGGUUUCUUUGACGAAUUUGAUCCAAAAGUCAUUCAGGUUCCAGGAAGGCUGUUCCCAAUUAAGCUUCACUACAGGCCGAUCGUGCGUGACCGGUUUGCCAAGAAGUCGGAGCGCUUUGACCCAGGGCCUUACGUCCAAAUUCUACAAUUAAUCGACCAAAAGUGUCCAAAGGAUGAAAAAGGCGACGUUUUGAUGUUCCUGAGCGGCAUGACUGAAAUCUCGACGGUGGUGGAGGCGUGCAAACUGUUUGCUCACGAAACGCAGAAUUGGAUCAUCCUUCCUCUCCACAGCACCCUCUCCAUUGCUGACCAAGACAAAGUGUUUGACUAUCCUCCGGACGGAGUGAGGAAAUGCAUUGUUUCCACCAACAUCGCGGAAACGUCGGUAACGAUUGACGGAAUCCGUUUCGUCGUGGAUUCGGGCAAAGUGAAGGAAAUGAGCUACGACGCAACCUGCAAGAUGCAGCGCCUCAAGGAAUUCUGGGUCAGCCAGGCAAGCGCUGAGCAGCGCAAGGGAAGAGCAGGUCGAACUGGUCCUGGAGUGUGCUACCGCCUGUAUUCUGAAGACGAGUACGACGCUAUGUCUCCAUACACAACUCCAGAAAUCCUGAGAGUGCCUCUGGACUCGCUGCUUCUGCAAAUGGUUGCCAUGGGUUUGCCGGACGCAAGACGCUUUCCGUUCAUCGAGUCGCCGCCGGCAGAAAGCAUCGAGCAGUCAAUUGUUACCUUAAAAGAGCAGGGAGCGUUAACGGUCGAUGAGCACCUGACUCCGAUGGGGAAAAUGCUCUCGUGCUUGCCUGUGGACAUCACAAUCGGCAAAAUGCUCAUCCUCGGCUCCAUGUUUCACCAAGUGGAGCCAAUCUUGUCGCUGGCUGCUGCCCUCAGUGUCCAAAACCCUUUUACAAACAACGCCUACAGAGACUCUGAGUGUGAGAACGCCAGGAAGGAACUCGAGUCCGACCACGGCGACCCUCUGACUCUGCUCAACGCCUUCCGCGAGUGGCUGGAAAUGAAACAUGAGAACGGCGACAAUCCAGGCUUCUCCAAAAGGUGGUGCAAAAGGCGCGGGCUCGAGGAGCAGCGCUUUUACGAGAUGACAAAGCUGCGGCGUCAGUUCAAGGAACUGCUGCGGGACUCAAAGCUCAUGUACUCGGCAGAGGAGGAGAAGAAGAUGACCAGCUCGGAGAGAAUCCAGCGCCACGGCGAAUUGCAGCUGCUGAGGAAAAUGAGGCGCGAGCACAGAAACGAGGAGCCGAGGAAAAAGACCUUUCUCAAAGUGGACCCGUUCGGCUUGCAAGAAAGUGGGGUUGAAGCCUCCGAUGGAAAAAUCGACAUCAAAGACGUAGAAUUCCGUCUCGGCAACGACAAAGCUCAACUCAGGAAUUUGCUGUCGGGAACUAAAACAUCUGGGCUGAAGGAUCUGCUGAUGCUCAAAGUUAUCACUGGCAGUGGACUGUACCCUCAGGUUGCAGUGGCAGACGAGUUCAACCACUCAAAGUCGGCGCCUGAACAGAUGUUUCACACGCGAAACAAAGCGUUCACGACGCUUCACCCGAUGGGCUACUUUGCGAACCACCCGACAGAAUUGCAUUUAUCUGAGUCGGACAUCGACUACCCUGCAGGUUUUUCAAACAAGCAGCCCGUGAGCUCGAAGCAUCAGCUGCUGAUGUACAUGACUCUUUUGGAGACGACCAAGCCCUACUUGACGGGGACAAUGCGAAUGCCCGCCGCGCAAACGCUGCUUCUCUUCGCCAACUCGAUUGACACGAAUUUCGACUUCACCAGAGUCGUGUGCGAUUCUUGGCUGCAAAUCAGGUUCGCGACCCCUGAAACCGCGCAGGUUUUGGUCUCCAGGGUUGCCAAGCUCAGGGCCAAAUGGGAGCGACUUGUUAUGCUCAAACUGGAAGAUACAAAAAUGGAUGAAAACGAAGGCAUGAAAAUUGAGCGGGACAAACCGAGCAGCAGUAGCAUGGAAACACAGCAGCUGGAAGCUGAGAUUGGAAAUGAUUUAACCUCGUUCAUGAUGACAGAAGUGUUUUACGCCAUUCAGAGGUUGCUGGCUGCCGACAUCAAAGUUCUUUACGUCGGCGAGGGAAUAAACGAGUGCAGUGUCAACCCUAAUCCUCUGCAAGAAGACUUCACUCCCGUGCCGGACAAGAAGAAAGGCGGCACACGGCUCACUCCAAAUGUCACUUACAACUGUUUGACCGGCGACUCGAGCUGGAUUGAAAUGGACACUAUUUUCUGCCCGAAUUGCAAUCUGCCCCUCUCUGUGUUGCCGAUUGAAAGAAUGUCGCAUGAAAUGGGUUGCAGAUCAAAAGAAGAGAUUGAUAAAGAAGCAGACGUCAAAGAAGAAGUCACGUGUCGGCCCGCGGGCUCUGAUAAAUACGCAGCCUACGAUUGUCCAGACUGCAAGAAAACGCUUUAUCUGCCUCCAAUUGAGGUUCUCCGACACAAAAGAAAACAUGUUACUGACCGUCCUAAUUGAAUACAUAAUAUUAAAUUGUUUUUAUUCCAAACAA